AUGAAUAGCAAAAAAAAAAUCAGAAUCAAAUUAAUCAUUUAUAAGCAAAUAUUUCAAAUCCCUCCAUUUUCACCAACAAUAAAGGAAAAAAUAAUAAAUAUUUUCUUUAUCCAACAGUUAAGAAGCAUAAGGCACGGGCUUGAGCUCAAGUGUGCCACCUACACCUCAAUACAUAUGACUCAAUAUGGGGAGGAUAGGUUUCACGCCCCUCAGGGCCAAGAGAUUAGAGAGGUAUGGGCUGGAAAGAGGGGGGUGGGGGUGGAUUACCCAAUAAAGGGAGAGAAAAAAAGGAAGCAGAGUAGGUUCAUUUUCAAAAGGAUGCCUGGAGUAAAAUUCAAUUCAGUUCCAUCCAAGUAG